AACCCCAGGCCAGCGAUGAGCUUCCUGAGCCGACAGCCGCCGCCCCGCCGCUUCGGAGCCGCCUGCACUCUGCGGCAGAAGCUCAUCUUCUCUCCUUGCAGCGACUGUGAGGAAGAGGAGGAGGAGGAAGAGGAGGAGGGCAGCGGCCACAGCACCGGGGAGGACUCGGCCUUUCAGGAGCCCGACUCGCCGCUGCCGCCCGCGCGCAGCCCCGCGGAGCCGGGGCCGGAGCACCGCCGCUCUCCCGGCCCGGCCCCCGGGAGUCCCGGGGAGCUGGAGGAGGACAUCCUGCUGCAGGGCGCCAGCCCGGACGCGGACGCUGCGGGCGGCGGGGCGGAGGGCGACUCGUGGGAAGAGGAAGGCUUCGGCUCCUCCUCGCCGGUCAAGUCUCCGACUGCCAGCUACUUCCUGGGCAGCUCGUUCUCUCCGGUGCGCUGCGGGGCCCCGGGGGAAGCGUCCCCGCGGGUGUGCGGGGCGCGGCGGGCCAUCGUGGUGCCCUGCUCGCCGCUGCCCGACCAGCCGGGCACCCCGCCGCACAAGACCUUCCGCAAGCUGCGGCUCUUCGACACCCCGCACACACCGAAGAGUUUGCUGUCUAAAGCCCGAGGAAUAGAUUCCAGCGCCAUUAAACUCCGGGGUUGUUCUCUAUUCACGGACACAGAACGAUCAGGAAAAAGAGAAUUUGACCCACGACCAACUCCUCAAGUGAAUAUUAAUCCUUUUACCCCAGAUUCUUUAUUGCUUCAUUCUUCAGGAGAGUGUCGUCGAAGAAAGAGAACAUAUUGGAAUGAUUCUUGUGAAGAUAUGGAAGUCAGUGAUUGUGAGUUUGAAGAUGAAACAAGACCUGCUAAAAGAAUUACAAUUACUGAAAGCAAUAUGAAGUCACGAUACACAACCGAAUUUCAUGAGUUGGAGAAAAUUGGGUCUGGAGAAUUUGGAUCUGUAUUUAAGUGUGUGAAGAGGCUGGAUGGAUGCGUUUAUGCCAUUAAACGAUCAAAAAAGCCAUUGGCGGGCUCUGUUGAUGAGUAUGUAUUAAGUUUUUUUUUUUUUUUUUUGUCAUGGGGCAUGUACUCUGGGCCUGGGCGCUACUUUCCUGCCUGGGCUGGCUUUGAACUAAAAUGUUGAUUUUUGUUAUUUUUGGUAGGUGGAAGUUUAGCUGAUGCUAUAAGUGAAAACUACAGAAUCAUGAGUUACUUUACAGAAGCAGAGUUGAAAGAUCUCCUUCUGCAAGUUGGUCGGGGUUUGAGAUACAUUCAUUCAAUGUCUUUGGUUCACAUGGACAUAAAACCUAGUAAUAUUUUCAUAUCUCGAACCUCAAUCCCAAAUGCUGUUUCUGAAGAAGGAGAUGAAGAUGAGUGGAUAUCCAACAAAGUUAUGUUUAAAAUAGGUGAUCUUGGGCAUGUAACAAGAAUUUCUAGUCCACAAGUUGAAGAAGGUGAUAGCCGUUUUCUUGCAAAUGAAGUUUUACAGGAGAACUAUACCCACCUACCAAAAGCAGAUAUUUUUGCCCUCGCCCUCACAGUAGUAUGUGCUGCUGGUGCUGAACCUCUUCCCAGAAAUGGAGACCAAUGGCAUGAAAUCAGACAGGGUCGAUUACCUCGGAUUCCCCAAGUGCUUUCCCAGGAAUUUACAGAGUUGCUAAAAGUUAUGAUUCAUCCAGAUCCUGAGAAAAGACCUUCAGCAAUGGCACUGGUGAAGCAUUCUGUAUUGCUGUCUGCUUCUAGAAAGAGUGCAGAACAGUUACGAAUAGAAUUGAAUGCUGAAAAGUUUAAAAACUCACUUUUGCAGAAAGAACUCAAGAAAGCUCAGAUGGCAAAAGCUGCAGCUGAGGAAAGAGUACUCUUCACUGACCGGAUGGCCACGAGGUCUACCACCCAGAGUAAUAGAACCUCUCGACUUAUUGGAAAGAAAAUGAACCGCUCUGUCAGCCUUACUAUAUACUGAACUGCUCAUUUCCCUCCUCCCCAAAAAACUGUGACGAGAGGAAACUAGGUUGAAAUCACUGCUAGAAUUCACGUUUCAAUUACUUUAUUGAUUGGUAUCAGUGGUUUUACUAAAAUGCCUUUUAGUAUCUUUUUUGAGAAUUACAGUUGAAAUCUGUAUUUCAACAGUUGCUAUAUCAGGCUUUUGUCUAAUCAAUCUUGCUGGACUUUUUCUUUAGGAUGUCAGUCACUGUUGGAUGUUAUAUCAGCUGUUGCAGGAUUAACCACUGUGGUGGUAUGCUGUGCAUACUUUGUGUUGCAUUGCAAUAAAAGGAAUCUUUCCUGUAGUGACUUGUAGAAAGGAUUCAAGGGCUUUAUUAUAAGCAUACAAUGCUAAGACUCAGUACUACUCAGCCUCUGAAGCACCUGUGUGUCAAUCUUUUUGUUUUUUAAUUGUGAAUUAUACUUGUAUCUUCAACUGAGAGCACUUUGUAGGCAUUGCAUAAACCAUGGAGUGAUACAAUUCUAUGGAAGUAUUGCCUUGUGAAUUUGCUGCUAUUUUAGUUUUGUCUUUGCUGUAAAAUUGUAGCAUUAAACAAUCAUCAUUGUUAAUAGGCUUUCUUUUUGAAACAAUUAUGUGAAAUACGUAGCUGCUCUUGAUAAAAGCAGCUAAUUUGUCUUAUUUGCUUUUUUUAUCUUUGAAGCUAGUGCAUUGAAAAAAAUGCACCCCACCCCCACCUUUGGAAUGAUGUAUUAAUAUAGUGUAAUUAUUACUAGUUUUGUAAUUUUUCUGAUAAUGUGCUUUCCUGACUCUUUUUUAAAAAAUGUCUCUUUUCUCUGCCCAAGUUUUAUACUUGAUGUAUAGUUAAUCUGUUUUUAAAUGUUUGACCUGGUUUCUCUUCAAUAUUUGUAUAUAUAAACUGACCUUGGUAAUACUGUACAUAGCUGUUUAAAAUGCCAAAAUGACUCUUGCAAGUUCUUCACUAAGUACAUUUUAUGUGUAUUAGCCAUUUGACUAAUGAUAUUGGCUAAUGUUGUCAAAAAAGAAAAAAAUAUUGUUUCUUUGCUUUCUCAUUAAUUUUGGUCUAAAUCCUGUUUGCACUUGUUUGUUACAUAUGUUUUAUCAACAUCCAUUGGCAUAUUAAAAUCACUCUGAGCUUA